AUGGCGCGUAUACCUUCGGCCCUCUUUUCAGGUUAUGUUCAUCGAGUUGUCGAAGUGUGCGAAUUCAACACCCCUCAUGAUCAGAGAGGAGGGCGAAUUCCCCCGGUUCAGGUCUUCUUCGCCCGCCCAUCUCUCUACGAUACUCUACUCUACGACACCUUCCAGUGGCCCGGCCAUAUCACAGCUUUCGUCACUGGACUUUCUAUUUCCCUACCCAAAGCAUUUGUGUCGGAAAUGCUCCAACUUAGAUUAACUCUGAAUAAUACUCAUGAUGCAGAGCAGAACAUUCUCAACGACUUACUAUCCCGUCCGUCAGCCGAUGAGAUUGCACGCUUACUCUGCCACUGCUGCAAAGUUCUAUCUUCCCUUUCUCGCGAUGAGAUCGCCCUCCUCUACGAGCGAGCCCGAACGAGCACAGAUUGUCUCGUCGACUUUGAUAUCAAGGAAUGCUGCCAAGUGAAGUCGCCUGCAACAGGUACCUCGACCUUUGGUAGUGUCGCACAUGCUAGAUCGCUUGAGCCAGUCUGCAUCGAUCCUUCCUUACUCACGACGAAUAUGGACGUACGAGACCGCAAGAUGGCGCCCUGCGUUUCAACGCCUGAUCCUAGCCGUUUUCCAACCCUGACACUUUCGAACGCGGGAGUCAUGUUGAGUCAACCAGCCUCAACCCCACGCGAAACAGUCCCCAAUCUCCAUGCCAAUCCGUCUCCCGUCAUCCCACACGAUGAUUGUCCCUCCAAUGAGUUCGACUGGGUACUCCGAGAAUGUGACAAUCUAAACGCACCAGACCCUUCACUCAAUUUCGCUCCUGGACCCUGCGAUCCAACGAAAGAAACUCUCGAUGAAGAUGGUCCCAUGGCUAGCAUCCCAACGUCUCAAUCUCCUGUAUGCGGCCGCCCUGUAGGAAUAGGUGAGAUGUCACCAGAAACUCCACCGCAUCAUGCUUCCGCUGGCAUCAUGGAAGAAGGGGGUUUGAAUGAGAUGGAAGUAUCGGAUGCUGAAGAAGAAGCACAACAAGAUGUCACGGGCAAAAAUCCAAUUGAGAAUCGCCCAGCCGUGGGAUCAUCCUCUCCAUCUCUGUAUCCAGUUGCAGGUAUCUCUUAUCCCACGCCUUUUUCAAAUUCGCCGGAUACGCCAGUCACGACUAGGCGUGUGGAGCGAUCGGCUGAAGUGACAACAAGCGACGUUGACUCAGAAGAUCGAACUGUCGACAAACGUCAGAGUGCAUGCACUUUCUCGAAAUUGCAGCCAACAGUCGAAGAUGCCCCCGAUGAUGCCGAACUUGAUAAUCCGGAGACUUCAUCCAUCAAUGAUGAAGACUUAUCGAUGGAUGAAGACUUUGGAGAUUCGGACAUUGAGUCCGCCUUGGAAGAUACGGUCAGGUUUUUGCAGGACACUUCUUGCAAUAGUGAGACCCCUUCAACUGAUGCCAAUACUUCCGUGAAUACCGAGUCAAAUCCAAAAAGCUUAACUCCGGUGUCUAUUUCUCCUGCCUUCAAUGAAAGCGACCAGCAUAAGUUUCCCAAUGGAGAACAACAGACUAAUAGUAGUCAAGAGACUUUGGAGUAUGAGAACCGCCAGAUCUUGCAGCAGAAACGGAAGCUUCCUGCCGGACUUGAACCACACUCAACUCUCUACACCAGGAACCUCAGGCCCCGUCUUGACAAGGGAAAAGGUGGGAAUCAAGCCCCGCAUGACGACGAAAUUGCAGAGGAUGUUGGCAAAAAUUCAUCCUCGGAAGGAGUCCUAGCAGAUUCAGUGGCCAAAAAUCGCGCAGAUUCUUCAAGUGUUGCUCAUCUCAAGACAUCCGUACCCUCCAAUUCAGAUAAAGACAAAUGGAGCGGUCCCUUAUUAUGCCAUUCUCUCCUGUCCACCCUAUCAUCGGAAAAAAAAGCUGAGAUUGAAAGGAAAUGCAAUCGUAUCUCGCGACCUGAUUUGCCUGAGUUCAUGGAAAAGCACACCAAAUCAUGGAAGGCUACCGGAUUUUGGGACUCUCCACGGCUUGACGUGGAGAAUCAUUCCCUCGUAUCCUCCAACACCAAAGGCUUUGCAAUUUGGAGAUACGUAGAUGCUAUGCAGACAGGCGAAGAGACACAUUACCUCAAAUCUCGGCUUGCGGAUAUCAUGCUUUAUCUGGCGUAUAUCAAAGAACUUCGCAGACAAAAAGAUGCCGGUCAUCCCCCCAGACCGCGAAGGUCAAAGCCACAGACAUCAUCUGUGGCACAGCGUCCCUUUCUAAAGCAAUAG